AUGGCCACUGGAGCAGCUGCCCUGAUGUUUCAUCAUGUCUUCGAUGGAAGCUUAUCAAUGUACGACAUGGAUAUUGAGCGGAGGCCAUAUCAUCGAAAUUGCACAUGUGCACUGCACAAACAGAAGGCCACUUGCUCAAAUGCUGUUUCACAUGCUUCCACGGUUUCGUCUCGAUCUUCUUAUGUUGCUGAUUCAUCAGUUAGAAGUAGUGAGUGCGUCAAGUCUAUAGGAGCUGGUUUGAUUCUUUUUUCAGUUUUUAAGUCAUCCAGCAAUAUUCCUUCAGGCCCCACAACUAGGAAUCUGAACUUCCCUAGGAAAAAGAGCUUAUUUCUAACAAAGAGCAAAGCUACUUGUGGCAAAAACAAUUCCAGACUUAGCUUCUCUUGA